AUGAGCUUUUUGAAGAGAAUCUUUCGAGUCGGCCAUAAACAUGUUUCUAUACCAGAGGACUCAGAAUACGCCCAAUGGUCUAGAGAGCAGUUAAUAGAAAGAUUAAUAAAAUUAGAGAAUGACGGUAAGAGAGCUGCUGAGCAACCUCUAGAUAAUUAUGUACAUAAGAAGGUAAGGGCAGACGACCAUAGUAGUUAUAAAUCAAAGAAAGAUAAAAAAAAUAUUGAUUUCUCAAAAUAUAAUACUAGGUUUAUUGCGUUGAGAUUUGCAUAUUUAGGAUGGAAUUACAAUGGACUUGCCAUUCAAAAGGAUCCAACACCACUACCAACCGUAGAAGGUACUAUUUUAGCUGCAAUGCAGAAGUGUAAGCUUGUUCCCUCGAUUACACCGCAAGAGUAUAAUUUUAGCCGAUGUGGAAGAACUGACAAGGGCGUUAGUGCGAUGAAUCAGGUUAUUUCACUAUACGUGAGAUCAAACUUGACCCUCGAAGAGCAGCUAGAUCCGCAAUCUGAUUCUAAGGAAAUACCCUACGUUCAUAUACUAAAUCAGCUGCUACCGGUUGAUAUUAGGGUUUCAGCGGUUUGUUUAAGACCACCAAAAGGGUUUGAUGCGCGAUUCAGUUGUAAGUAUCGCCACUACAAAUACCUAUUCAAUGAAAAUGGGCUAGACAUUUCUAUGAUGCGGGAAGCAGCAAAAUAUUUCGAAGGUGAGCAUGAUUUCAGAAAUUACUGUAAACUAGAUGGUUCGAAACAGAUUACAAAUUAUAAACGGAGAAUAAUUUCUGCUAAUAUUCUCCAAGUUGAGGGUGAUAUGUAUUGUUUUGACCUAAUUGGAUCCGCUUUCCUAUGGCACCAAGUACGUUGUAUGACAGCAAUUUUGUUCCUUAUUGGUCAAGGUCUAGAAGACAUAUCUCUUGUGCAGAACUUACUAGAUGUCGAUAAGUACCCACAAAAGCCUGUCUAUGAUUUAGCUAGUGAUAUUCCUUUAAUUCUGUAUGACUGCAAAUUCGAUGAUCUUGAAUGGAUAAUUCCUGAUUUAAGCGUUGACAAGGCCAUAAAAACGACUAAGGCAGUAGACAAUAUCGAACUAGAUUAUAAGUUAAAGGCAACGGUAUCCAAUAUAAUGAAAAAUAUCAUACCAAGAGCAACAGCAAGUGGAAAGACAACUAUCAAUAUUGGUGAUGGUAAAGGAAAAGUGACGACUAACUAUAAAAAAGUGCUUGAUAGAGAUGUUAUGGAUAGUGUGGAAACUGUAAAUGACAGGUUCAAGUUGCGGAAGGCCAGGAAACGGUCUUCAUGA